AUGGCACGUGUGACGUCCGGCUGGGCCCCUGUGCUCCUGCUCUUUGCCUUCCUGGCGCUGAUGCCGGGCCAGGCGGCAGCUUUUGGUGCCGGCAAUAUCCCGUCGAUUGCUCAGGUAGAGGGCGUCAACUGGCGGCAUGGCGACAUUGAGGACAUGCUCAAGACGCUGGCCUUCCUGCACGGCAAGAAAUGGACCACCAUGCUCGUCCAGCGCACCUACUUUGGCAACUGGCUGCGGGACUACUCCCAGGCCGUCGAUGUGGGCAGUCUCAAGGGCGUCAACGCCGCCACAAUCCGCAUCCUCGUCUGGGUGCUGUCCUUUUUGGCCUUUGGCUACGCCACCGAGGAGUUUGAGGUCACCGAGGAGCGUCUCGGCGUCUACCGCCCCGAGGAGCACAUUGACAACCCGCUUGGCUACGCCGACGGCGAGGACGCCCGCAAGUUUGACCCGCGUCUGCGGGGGCCCGUCGACCCCCGCGAGCUCGAGAUCGACACGGACACCGGCAUGAAGAACUACAUUGCCAACGAGCGCGGCGGCUGGGCGACGAGUGCCGGCUACCUGCGUUUCAGCUUUGCCCGCAGCAUCCACUUUGGCCGUCUGUACCUGCAUGGCGGCCAUGGCGCUGCCGGCAAGGAGGCCGAUUUGUGCGAGGCUCUGCGGUGUCUCGGCCAGGCCCUGCACUGCAUGGAGGACUUUAGCGCCCACAGCAACUACUGCGAGCUGGUCCUGCGCGAGCUCGGCCACCACCAGGUGUUUGCCCACUGCGGCACCAGCGCGGAGAUCAACUUGCGUGGCAAGCGGGUUUACCCGAUUGUUACCGGCACGUUUGGCGCCGUGGAUUUCCUCCACUCUGUUCUUGGCGAGGCAACAGAUCACUUUACGCAGUCCGAGGUCGACGAGGUCGACAUUGCCCUCAAGAACGCCGAGAACCAGUCCCGUGGCGGCGGCGGCGGCGGCGGCGGCGACGGCAGCCGUGGCAUCUUCGGUCCGUCCAGCGGCGGCGGCGGCAACGACUUUAUUUCGCUGGUUUCUCAGCUCCCUGGCGUCGGCGGCGAGUUUGCUCGGGAGGCCACUCAUCUCCAGACGAUGGCACGCGAGCAGGAAGCCCAGAACCAGCGCGCUGGUGUCGAUCCCAACGGGCCUUCCUUGGGUGCUGCUCCCUCGAACAGCGACAAGCCGUCAUCGUCUUCCACGGCCGGUGGCAGCACGAACCAGAACAUCGUGCCGGGGAUGAGCGCAUCCUUUGACCCGGUCGAGACCGCCCGCAAGAUUUACCCCAUCUUGGAGUUCCGCGACAAGAUUGUCCGCGCCAUCAACCGCACCAUCUCCAAAAUCCCGGGCCUCGAGAAGCUUAUUGAGCACAUCAGCGAGACCUUGUCUGCCUUUGUCCUUGGCCUUCUUGCCCCGUUUAUUCGCCCCAUUAUCAACCAGGUCAGCAAGGUGCUCAAGGACGGCUCGUCGGGCGUCAUCAAUGCCAGCGCCAGGUCCCAGCUCGAGCCCUGGACCGAUCCCCACUGCACGAACCCGACGCACUCGAUGCUGUCCAAAGACCACUUCACCAACGUCCUCAACUCGUGUGCCGGCCGUGUCGCUGCCACCGUCUUGCAGUACACCGUCCCGCGUGUCCUCUACGCGUGGGACAACACCGGCGUACCCGUCGACGAGGUCGUCAACGAUGUGCUGCACGCCUUCCACCAUCCCGCCAUCCGCGAUGAGCGCAACCAGAUCCAGCGUGAAAUGUUUGAGACAGUCCGCCGCUGGGCCAACGAGUACCCGCGUCGCCACGAGCUGGACCACUUGCUGUCGUCUCAGUCCGUCAAGGACGGCAAGAACCAUGUGCUGGCAAACGGCCAGACCGCACCGGGUGGUGGCGGACACUCGCACGGCAGCGGGGGAGGUGGCGGCGGACACUCGCAUGGCAGCGGUGGCGGUGGCAGCACCUGGUCCAACCUCUCCAAGCUGACCAACCUGGGCAACCUGGGCAACCUGACUGGCGGUGGUGGUGGUGGCUCGAGCUCCGUGGCCAACGCCAUCUUCUCGCAGUUCAAGACGCGCGACCUGGAUGCCAUGGACGGCCGCGAUGGCAAUGCUUCGACCAACUACAUGUCUGCGUCUCCAGCGCCAGAUCGUCCCGCAUCGCAAUCUUCGCCUGCGUUCGGCUACAGCAACAGCGGCAGCGGCGGCGGCAGCAGCAGCGCGGCGUCCACACAGCCUCCAUCGGGUGGUGCUGCCGACUCAUACCUUCACCCGCAAGCGGCUGGAGGCGGCGGCGGGGCACCUCAGCAUUACCAGCAGCAGCAAGCACCUCCACAGUAUUACCAGUACCCGCAGAACCAGCAGCAACAGCCUCCGCAAGGCUACUACGGCGGCGGCCCUCAGGGCGGUCCUGCGUUCGGUAACUACGGACAACCGCCACCUGGCUACGGUUUCCAGGGCGGCCCGCCUCCGCCCGGCCAGUAUGGUGGCCAGCCCGGCUAUGGACAGCCUUCGUACGGCCAAGGUCCGCCUGGUAGUUGGGGCCAGCCGCCAUACCAGCGACAGUAUUAA